AUGAAGAUAGAUCAACAGUCAGUGUUGGUGGGAUCCAACAAACAACCAUUUGGUGUUGACUACAGUGAAUCUGACAAGUUGGUUGCCUAUGGGGCCAAAAAUAACAUUGCAUUGUGGAACCCAAAUGAUAUAAGAGGUGUUAUCAAUACCUUGAAGAAGCACACUGGUGAGGUUACCUGUGUUAAAUUUAUACCCAAUAGUGAUUAUUUGAUAAGUGGAGGUGAAGAUAAAGAAAUAAAUGUUUGGAAAAAGCAUGAUGAGACCUUCCAAUUGAGUCAGACUAUGCAAGACCAUGAAGGGUCAAUCAGUUGUAUAACAGUAUUCUCGUCCUAUUUUGUAACUGGUUCGUCUGAUGGUAAGAUAAUCAUAUGGCAGCUCAAGGAUAACAAGUGGGAGCUCUUGUCCAGCUUCAAUAUCAAACCUGGAUUUUAUCCCCUCAGUUUAGCAUUAGAAGAAGUCAAGCCAGGUCAAUAUGUAAUGGCAAUUGGUGGUACUGUCACUACCUUGUAUAUAUAUUCAUUCGAAAUUGACCAAGGCAAACUUGAGAAUUUAACAAACGUUGCUGUUUUAACUGGUCACGAAGAUUGGAUUAAAUGCUUAACAUUCAUCAAAGAAUCAGAAGAUAAUUACUUAUUGGCCAGUGGAUCUCAGGAUAGGUAUAUAAGGUUGUGGAGACUCAAGAUCAAUGAGAAAAUCGACCAAUCUGAUGAAGAUUCUUCAAAGUUGAUUUUGUUGUCCAACAAGCAGUACAAAUUCCAAAUAAAAGAAACCAAAUUAGCUUUUAGUUUUGAGGCAUUAAUAGUAGGUCAUGAUGAUUGGAUUACAGGUUUGAGCUGGCAGCCAGCUGGUCUCAGUUCUGGUUCCGGAAACAAGCUACAAUUACUUUCUUCAAGUGCUGAUACUGCUUUGAUGAUAUGGGAAAUGGAUUUUGAAUCAGGUAUCUGGAUCUGUGUCAGUAGAAUUGGUGAAUUAUCCAUUAAGGGUGCUUCUACCGCCACUGGUGCAUCUGGAGGUUUUUGGUCUGUCAACUGGUUUGUUGAAGGUGACUCUCAAUACAUCAUUACCAAUGGUAAAACGGGAUCUAUCAGAAAAUUCAAAAGUCUGUUGGACGAUAACAGAUCCUGGGAGUCUGUACUAAGCGUAUCUGGUCCUAUAAAAGACAUAACUGAUAUUGUUUGGGCUCCUGAUAAUAGCUACUUGAUGGCAACUUCAUUGGAUCAAACCACCAGACUCGUCGCUCCUUGGAAUGGAUCGGUUACAGGUGGGAAGAGGGAAAAACCUACUUGGCAUGAGUUUGGAAGGCCACAAAUUCACGGAUACGAUAUGAUGUGUUUAGAUAAUAUUAGUGGAACAAGAUUCGUGUCUGGUGGGGACGAGAAGAUCUUGAGGGUUUUCGAAAUGACUAAAAGUAUUAAAACACUCUUGGAAAAAUUUGUAGGUUCCAAAAUUUCUAAUACAAGCGACUUACCUGAAGUAGCUGCACUUCCAGUAUUAGGUUUAUCCAAUAAAUCUGGGAAAGAUCAAUUGGAGGCUGGUGAUGUCAAUAAUGAAGACGAUGUGGAGGUUCCAAACAAAGAUAUCUUCGAAGAAUUGGAAGGGCCACCUUUAGAAGAUCACUUACAAAGAUUCACAUUAUUCCCCGAAUUGGAAAAACUCUACGGGCACGGUUAUGAAAUUGCCAAUUGUGUGGUGUCCCCUAACGGUAAAUUCAUUGCUACAUCAUGUAAGUGUAACACAGAAAAACAUGGAAUGAUCAGAAUCUUCGAUAUUGUCAAAGAUUUCAAGCAAUGUGAUCAAACUUUGCCAGGACAUUCAUUGACCAUCACUAAUAUGGAAUUUUCACCUGAUGGUGAAUACUUGUUAUCCGUUUCUAGGGAUAGACAAUUCAUCGUCUGGAGAAUGAUAGACGAGGACGAAGGAAAAUUCGAGAUGGUCUUAACCAACCCAAAAGCACAUACCAGAAUCAUCUGGGACUGUAGUUGGUUACCACUGGAAUUUGGCCAUUAUUUUGUUACAGGUUCAAGAGAUAAACUGAUCAAAUUAUGGAAUAUCGAGAAUACAAAGGAAUUAGACAUGCUCAAAUUGCCCACCAUUGUUACUUCUAUUGCAAGUUUUGGCAGUCUCGUAAACUCAAAACCUUUAAUAGCAGUCGGUUUGGAAAAUGGUGAAAUAUUAUUUAUUGAAAUUGACAACAAUAAAUUCAAUAUCAUUCACAACAUAGAUAACAACAUCACUCCAAGCGAAAAGAUUUCUGUCAUGAAAUUUAACGGGAAUUUACUCGCUGUAGGUAGUUCAGAUUCUUCAAUACGUGUAUACGAUAUAGUAAUAUAA